AUGAGUGCAAGAGAGUUAACUGCCCAGUUCCAACCAGACCCAAAUAGUAGCAAGAGCCUCAUCAGACAAGGCUACAUUCAUUUACUGGGUGACUAUAUGAGAAUAGAAGGGAAAAGCCUAAUGUUUAACAAUGAUGCAAGACCAAAAGCCAAAUUCACUAUGUGGCUACACUUACACGGACGAAUGAGAAUUGCUAAUAAACUACUACAAUGGGGAAUGGAUGUAAAUCCUAUUUGCUCGCUAUGUCAAUCGCAUAAUGAAACCAGGAAGCACCUAUUUGUUGUAUGCGAAUACACUAGAAACGUGUGGAAGAAAGUAUUGCACUGGCUGGGCAGAUCGGCAUUAGCUGCUGGAUAUCUGCACUGGGCAGUACAUGCUGGGAGAGGGAAGUCUCAACAAGCCAAGAUUUUCAGGUUGAUAUUUGCUGAAGUGGUUCAUGCUGUAUGGAUAGAACGCAAUGCAAGGAUCUUUGAGGACAGGAGAAGACACUGGCAACUGAUAGCUAAGGAAACUGCGUAUGUAUCAUGUGUUCGAGCCCCACCAGGGAUUAGGAUACUAGCAUACAAAUUCUAA